UCACGUUCAGCGCUCGUUCUUGACUUGAGUGAGGAUGAGUUUUACAGGCGCUCCGAGUUCAUCCACUUCAUUUACCAUGAUAUCCCAGGAAGAAAUACUCAAGCCCAUAUGGCACGCCUUUACUGCACUGGAUAUGGACCGAAACGGCAAAGUUUCAAAAUCCCAGCUAAAGGUGCUGUCUUACAACUUGUGCACCAUACUGAGAAUCCCCCAUAACUCUUCAGCCCUGGAAGACCACUUUCAAGAUGAUGACGAGGGACCAGUGUCGACUCAAGGGUACAUGCCCUACCUGAACACGUUCAUACUAAAUAAGAUCCAGCCCAACUUUGAUUUCCCUGAGCUGAAUAAGAUGUGCUGGACUCUGUGUGCACCAAAGCGCAUCAGCGGCAAGCACCUUCUCAUCUCUGGAGUCGAUGCCUUCAAGGUCUGGUGUAUCUUCAACUUCCUGUCUGAAGAUAAAUAUCCAUUACAUAUAGUCACAGAAGAGAUCGAGUACUUACUGCGCAAGCUGUUAGCAUCAAUUGGUUGCAGCUGGAAUGAGGGCAGGUUUGAAGACUACAAAAUGCAGCUGAGCGCAAAGAAGCAUAAUCUCAAUCCCUGGGAGCUGAUUGAACUUAUUGGCAUGGGUCAUUUCACCAAGGGCAUAAAUCCUCAGAUCCUCUCCAUGGGAAUCAAUCAGGUCUAUCAGGAACUUAUACUGGAUAUUAUAAAACAGGGCUAUAUGAUGAAAAAAGGGCACAAAAGGAAAAACUGGACCGAGCGAUGGUUUGAGCUACAUCUCACCUACAUUGCAUAUUAUGUGAGUGAAGACCUCACUGAGCAGAAGGGAUGUAUUUCACUGGAUCGCAACUGCUGUGUUGAGUCCUUACAAGACAAAGAUGGGAGGAAAAACCUCUUAAUUAUAAAAUGCAUUGAAAAAAGUUUUGAGAUCAGUGCACCGGAUAAAAAGUCAAAACAGGAGUGGAUUCAAGCCAUUCAGGACUGCAUUUCCCGCAUAAGGCAAGGCCUUUCCUCCUCACACCGUGAGGCCAGACAGAAACGAAGGGAACAGAGGAACCAAAUGAAAGCCGAACAGGAGACCGUAGAGAGCAGAAUGAGAGAACUGCAACUGGCCAACAGAAGCAAGCAGGCCCAGCUGGAGGCCAUGAGUAAGAAUCUACAGGAUGCAGCGGUCAGGGAUGUUAUAGAGAAACAGAGAAGAAUUCAAAAUCAAAAAGAACUUCUGGACCAGUACAAAAAGGACCUGGAGCAAGAGAAAAUGGCUCGAAAGCAGAUGGAAGAGCAGGUGGCUGAAAAGUCCAGCCAAUUGGAGCUGUACUGGCAGCGUAUGAAGGAACUGGAAGACAUGUACAGUCAACUGAAAGAAGCACUAGAGGAUGAGAGGCAGGCCAAAAAGGACGAAGAAGCUCUGCACAAAUUGCAGGCCAGGCUACUUGAAGAGGAGGCAAGGAAGAGGCUUGAAUUGGAGCAAAUGUACUUGCUGCAGCAGGAGGUCAUAUAUCAGUCUCAAAAGGAGAAAAAGGAGAUGGAGAAGGAGCGGUUGGAGAAGGAGCGUGCCCUGCAGAAUGCAAAGAAGCAGCUAGAGAGCCUGGAAAAGCAGAGACAGGGGGCGCAAGAGGAGUACAAGGCAGUUACAAAGAAAUUGCAGCGGGCUACUAUCAAGACAAAUGCGUGGAAACACAAAGUCACCGAACAUGAGGGCUUAAUACGACUCAUUCAACCAGGCACCAAGACUCCUUUAAAAAUGAGCAACUGGGGACAGGCAGCUUUCACUGAAACAGAGUUGGAUCAGAUGGAGAAGAAGUGGAAAGAGGUAGGUCCUCAUGGUGGCAUGGUUACUCACCUCAAUCCGGGUGGUGGAGGACAAGUCUCAGCUGCCUCCACUUCUGAGACCUUCAAUCUGCGCAUCUUAUCAUGUGGCUCGCUGUGCAUGACACCGUGCAGACUCACAGCAUGUGGAGGCUCAUGCUACUCUCCGUGAUCCACGCACAACUUACCACGCGCCCCACUGAGAGCGAGAACCACUAAUUGCGACCACGAGGAGGUUACGCCAUGUGACUCUACCCUCCCUAGCAACCGGGCCAAUUUGGUUGCUUAGGAGACCUGGCUGGAGUCACUCAGCACACCCUGGAUUUGAACUCGCGACUCCAGGGGUGGUAGUCAGCGUCAAUAUUCACUGAGCUACCCAGGCCCCCCUGCUAAAAUGUUAUCCUUAUAUAAUAUCACAAGAUUUUUCUCACACAGCAAAAUUUGGUCUUUAUACAUGAAAAUAUAAAGCUGGCUUUAUAUUUUAGGAAGGAGGUCCCUCGCAAGGAUAUCAUCAGAUUUGGGGGGCCCUUGGCAUCAAAAAGUUUGAAAACAACUAUUCUAGAGCUAACUGAAGAUAGGUAUGCAAUAUUAUCAAUUUUUUGUAACUUUAGCCUGAUUAAAAUACCCUACUAUAAUAAAAGAAUAAAUCUUCAACAACUGUGGUGG